AUGUCGUUGCCCUCUGUCUACCAGAACAAGUUCGCUGAGAAGCUGACGAUCCUCAACGACCGGGGACGGGGCGUCCUCGUCCGCAUCUACAACAUCAAGAAGACCUGCUCCGACCCCAAGACGCGGCCACCCUUCCUCAGCGACAAGGCCAUGGAGCCCUCUGUCAAGUUCAUCAACAAGAAGUUUCCUCACCUGGACGUGCGGAGCAGCACGCAACACCUGGGCCCGGUGCACAAGGACAAGGGGGACAUCGUCCGGGUGCUGGGACCCUUCUACCACUCCUUCCUGGAUGUCCUGGAGUUCAGGGACCAUGUCUAUGAGCUGCUGAACACCAUCGAUGCCAGCCAGUGCUUCUUUGACAUCCACGUCAACUACGACUUCACCAAGAACUACCUGGACCUGGUUGUCACCUACGUGUCCCUCGUCCUGCUGCUGGCCCGCACCGAGGACCGCCGGCUGCUCAUCGGCAUGUACCACUGCGCCCAUGAGAUGAGCCAUGGCACCAGUGACCCCAGCUUUGCCCGCCUGGCACAGAUGGUACUGGAGUAUGACCACCCCCUCAAGAAGCUGACGGAGGAAUUUGGGCCGCACACCAAGGCUGUCACCAGUGCCCUCCUGUCCCUCCAUUUCCUCUUCGCCCGGAGGAACCAAGGGGCCGAGCAGUGGCGCAGCGACCAGCUCCUCAGCCUGCUCAGCACCGCCGGCACCAUGCUCAGCCCCGCCAGCUCCGACACCAUGGCCUGCGAGUACCUGUCCCUGGAGGUGAUGGAGCGCUGGAUCCUCAUGGGGUUCCUGGUGUGCCCGGGGGCACUGGGCUCAUCCCCGCAGUGCCUGGAGCUGUGGCGGCUGGCGCUGCAGGGCUCGCUCUACAUCACCCUCCUCCGCGACGAGGCCCUCCAGGUCCACAAGGUCACCGAGGAGCUGCUCAGCAGCUUCAAGGGGUACGGAAAGCGGGUGGCCGAUGUCAAGGAGUGCAAGGAACAUGCCGUGGCUCACAGCAGCUCCCUGCACCGGGGACGGCGGGUGUACCUGCGCGGGGCCGUGCGGGAGCUGGAGGCGCUGCUGGAGGACCAGCCCGGACUGCUGGGACCCAAGGGGAGCAUUGGGGGGAGGGGGCAGGGGGGGCGGCAGGUCGGGGGGCUGCAGCGCUACCACGUCCAGUACCUGGCCCGCUUUGACGCCCUGGUGCUCAGCGAAGUCAUCCAGAACCUCUCCGUGUGCCCUGAGGAGGAGUCCAUCAUCCUGUCGUCCUUUGUCAGCUCCCUCUCGGCUCUCUCCGUCAAGGAAGUUGAUGACAAGGAGCAGUUUGAUUUCACACCGCUCCGCCUGGACUGGUUCCGGCUGCAGGCCUACACCAGCGUGGCCAAAGCCUCGUUGCCGCUGAGCUCCAACCCCGAUGUGGGUCGCAUCAUGAACCUCAUUGUCUUCCACACCAAACUCCUCGACUCCCUGGAGGAGCUGCUGGCCGAGGCCUCCGACCUCUCCGACCUGUGUUUCUACCCUCGCCCUGUGGAGAAGAUGUUUGUGGCGACGAUGGAGGAGCCCUCGAUGCUGCGCUACAGCAUCGCAUUCCCUCUGCUCUGCAGCCACUUCUCCCGCUGCGUCCACCCCAUGUGCCCGGAGGAGUAUCCCCACCUGAAGGCUGUAUCGCUGGGGCUGUGCAACAAGUUCCUGGAGGAGAUGGCCCGGCAGGCCAGCGCCUGCAUCAUGGAUGCCUGCGCUGAGCAGCACAACCUCAGCGAGCAGCUGCUGCCCAAGCACUGUGCCUCCACCGUCAGCAAAGCCCGCAACAAGAAGACCCUGAAGCAGCCGGCCAAGAAGGGGGAACCCGAGCGGGACAAACCGGGGGCCGAGAGCCAGAGGAAGGACCGGACCCUGACCACCAACAUGGACAAGCUGCACCUCAUGCUGGCUGAGCUGUCCCUGAGCCUCAACCAUGUGCCCAACUUCACUGUCUUUGAGCACACGGUGACGCCGGCCGAGUACCUCAGCAGCCACCUGGAGACACGCUUCACCAAGGUGGGCUGUGGGUGCUGCCGGGGAGAGGACACUCGGCCACAGCUUUCCAGAAGGCCUCCUCCCGUUUCCAUGCUGGUGGGGCUCAGCGCCUACGUGACCUUCAUCCAGUCGCUGGGGCAGUUUGUGGGCUUGGACACGGGGCGCAUCAUCCGCAGCGUCCUCCUGCAGCAGACGCAGCCCCGCGACGCUGCUGGCGAGCAGACGCUCACCACCAUCUACACCAACUGGUACCUGGAGGCCCGGCUGCGGCAGGCCAGCACGGGAGCCAUCGUCCUGGCCCCGGCCCUGCAGGCGUUCACCACGGUGCCCCGGGAGGGAGAGCCCCCCUUCAGCGCCGCCGAGUUCUCCGAUGUCUCAGUGGUGCAGCUGCGCUCCAGCUCCGUCAAGCCCGAGCAGAUGGCAGCUCUGCUGCCCCGGCUGACCUCGGCCGAAAACGUCCUGAAGCGCAUGACCAUCAUCGGGGAGAUCCUGAGCUUCCGCGCCAUGGCCCAGCAGGGCCUGCGGGAGGUCUUCUCCCACCACUGCCCCUUCUUGAUGGGCCCCAUCGAGUGUCUGACGGACGUUGUCACCCCCGACACCGACAUCCAGGUCACCCUGAGCAUCUUCGAGCUGGCCUCGGCUGCGGGGAUCCCCUGCGAGGUUGACCCGGCACUGGUGAACGUCCUCGCUGGCAGCAAGACAGAUGGCUCGUCCCCGGAGGAGGACUACAAGGUGGCCUGCCUGCUCCUGGUCUUCGUGGCCGUGUCCCUGCCCCUGCUGGCCUCCGACCCGGCGUCUGUCUACAACACCGAGAUGGACG